AUGCCCCUAUCAAGAACGCGUUCAGGCUCAACCUUCCCUUUGUUUCGCAGUCUCAGCGCCAGCGCCGCCGCCAGCAACAACCUCGAAUCUACCGCCACAGAACCCUCUGACCAAGAUGGCCGCAACACAGGCCGAAGCCCAGCUGGCACGGGAUUUGGCUUGCCUACACUGGCGAGUCUAGCAAACCUCAAUCUGCCACGAAGAAACCGAGACAAGUCGGGGGCGAAGAGAAGAAGCCUAGACAGUCGAUUUCGAAAGAGCCGUAGCAGAGAGCCUCCUCCACUGGAGUCGACGCCUCUCACGGCCACCACCACGACUGGGACUGGCAGUACUACGACCACGACCACUCCCACAACGACUGUUGCUAGUGAGCCUGCUAACGAGCCCACCCCCGACUCGGUCGACCCUCUUGACCCGGUGCCACCCAAUAAGACAGCCGAACCGCCCGAUCGCGACGCUCCAAACGCACCAGCCACACGUCCAUCAACCAUUCCUCUUCCACCGAUCCAACCCACCCGAAGCAACUCUGGUCUUUCUGUAGCGGCCACCCACCGCGGUUCGACCACAGCCUCAGUCUCCAAACCUACUAUCAUCGAAGAAUUUGCUGAACCACCGCGUCCUUCAACGACCUCCACCUCGACCGCAGCCAGUCGUCCCUCCUCCGCGGUGGACGACACGUCUGCUCCGCCGACCAUUGCUUCCGAACCUCCUCUGCUUUUCGUUCAGCGACCCUCCACUCCGACCGUCCCUACCCUGCCCAGUCAGUCAUGCACUCGACAUGAUAGCGCCGGAGCGAUGCAGAGAAAGAUAUGGGUGAAGCGUCCCGGAGCUUCCCCGACGAGAGUCGAAGUGGCCGAAGAUGAUCUGGUGGACAAUGUCCGUGAUGUGAUUCUGCGGAAAUAUGCAAACUCCCUCGGCCGGAGCGUCGACGCUCCCGAUAUCGUAUUGAAAAUCGUCAGCCGCGAGCAAAGCAAUAAGGUGGUGACCGCGGAACGAGUAUUGGGCCCUGAAGAGCCCAUUGGAACAACCCUCGAUGCAUAUUACCCUGGUGGACAAACUGUGGACGAAGCGCUGAUUAUCGAAGUCCCUUCACGCCGAACACCUCGAGCAUCUCCUCGACCGGGCAACCAUCAAGUAUCCUACUACUACCCAGACCAAUACCGGCCUGACGAUGCGGCUCGAGAAUACUUUCCUCCCAUGCCCGUGCACUCGCCGCACUUGGCGCAAGUACAACACAAUGGCGUUACCCAUGCCAUGUCGGUCCUGACUACAGGCCAGGUGCCGCCUUUACCCAGCCCAGGAUCCCAUGGGCAAAGGAGACAUGGACGGCCCAAGUACGGACGGCAACAUACCAGCAGCCCCACCAUUUUACAUACCGUCCAGCCUACGGGGCAGGUCAUAGAAUCUCAAUCACAGAUCAACGGCACCGUCCCCUCGGCACCUCCUCUCCCAACACCUCCUCCCGCGCAAGGUGUCAAUGACCACGGUUCGACCAUUACUCCACCCAAUCGCGUUUCCUCUCCACACCCGGGUCAGAAGUACAAAAGGAAAAAGGAUGCCAUCAUGGGCCGGUCGAGCAAGGGUGACCCGCCAUCAUCUUCCCAGCCAGCUGCCGCUGCUUUAUUAGACGGCACGGUCCCACCCAUCAACGUGCUGAUUGUGGAGGACAACGUCAUCAACCUGAAGUUGCUGGAAGCUUUCAUGAAACGGUUGAAGGUCCGAUGGAAGUCGGCCAUGAAUGGGAAGGAAGCCGUGGCCAUGUGGAAAACUGGCGGGUUCCAUCUGGUCUUGAUGGAUAUCCAGCUGCCUGUGAUGAACGGCCUGGAAGCCACCAAGGAAAUCCGACGUCUCGAAGCUGUCAACGGUAUCGGCGUUUUUGGCGGAAGCCCCAUCGAUGCUGGCGCGAGGAUGUCUCCCAAGAACGGUGGUCCGGUCGGAGAGGAAGAUGCUUUACCUGACCGAAGUCUAUUCAAGAGCCCCGUCAUCAUUGUGGCAUUGACGGCCAGCAGUUUACAGAGUGACAGGCACGAAGCGUUGGCGGCAGGGUGUAACGACUUUUUGACAAAGCCGGUCAAUUUUGUAUGGAUGGAGCGUAAAGUCACCGAAUGGGGCUGUAUGCAAGCCCUGAUAGAUUUCGACGGAUGGAGGAAGUGGAAACAAUAUGCGGCGGAGAAGGCGCAAGAUGAUCCGGCCAAGAAAGCGGCGGAAGAAAAGGAAGAAAAGGCCAAAACCAAGGCGGCCUUGAAGGCCAUGUUCGCCCGACCUCCUCCUACUCUGGGAAACAGCAGUGGCUCGUCGACCUCGACAGAAAAAACGCCUACACCAGUCCGCAACGGAUCGGUGAAGAAAAAUUCAACUUUGAGUCCGACUGGUGGAAGUUCUCGCACCCCGAAGAAUACCAGAAGUAACAGCGGCAGUGCCGGUGGAGCUACAGGCAACGGAGGGUUAGAAAGCAUGGCGGAGGAGGAUGAGAAAACGUCGUAA